AUGGCUAUCAGUCACAAUACUUUGGCUUUUACCUUUGGCAUGCUAGGAAAUGUUAUUUCGUUCUUGGUAUUCUUGGCUCCAAUUUCAACAUUUUACCGAAUAUACAAGAAGAAAUCGACGGAGGGUUUUCAAUCACUGCCUUACCUGGUGGCGCUGUUCAGUUCCGUGCUUUGGUUAUACUAUGCUUUACUCAAAAAAGACGCUUUUCUCCUCAUUACCAUCAACUCAUUUGGAUGUGUGGUAGAGAUCAUUUACAUCAUCUUGUACAUCACCUAUGCGCCCAGGGAUGCUAGGAACUUAACUUUAAAGUUAUUUUCGGCAAUGAACGUGGGCUCCUUUGCUUUGAUCCUCUCAGUCACACACUUCGCCGUGCAUGGUCCCCUUCGUGUCCAAGUUCUUGGGUGGAUUUGUGUUUCCAUUUCUGUCAGUGUCUUUGCAGCCCCACUUAGCAUUGUGGCACAAGUUGUUCGGACAAAGAGUGUAGAGUUUAUGCCCUUCAAUUUGUCAUUCACACUCACAUUGAGUGCCGUUAUGUGGUUUGGUUACGGUCUCUUUCUCAAGGACAUAUGCAUUGCUCUACCAAAUGUGCUGGGUUUUGCACUGGGAUUACUUCAGAUGCUGCUCUAUGCCAUUUACAGGAAUGGCAACAAAAAGGUUAUUACAAAUGAAAAGAAGCAACCGCUAGAGCCACUCAAAAAUGUUGUUAUAGUGAGCCCGUUGGGAAAUAGUGAGGUGUUCCCGACUGAGAAAAAUGUACAAGGAAAGAAUAAGAGCGAAGAAGAUACCAAGGAUAAGGGAAAAAGUGAAGAAUCUGACGCCUGCGCAGUCUAA